GAGAGUCAAACCAGAGGACAGAGGAUCUUACAGAUGCUCUGCUACAAACUCAGUGGGUUCUGGAACCUCACAAAAAUAUCACUUAGAUGUUCAAUUCAAACCUCGAAGCACAAUUUCCCUCAUUGGUCCUGAUAACUACAAAGUAAAAAUUAACAGCCAAAUUAAAUUUGUCUGUAAUACCACUGCAAACCCAAAGCCAUGGUUCUCCUGGUACCGCUACAAAAAGUCAAAGCCUUCUGAUCGGAUGAUUCUAGCUGUUAAUGAACAUGAACUUCUGUUGAAGCGGGUUCAAAGAGAAGAUGAAGCGUGCUACGUUUGCAAUGCCACCAAUACCAUUGGUGCUGGGAACCAUAGUCAACCUGUCUGCAUACAAAUGCUGACAAUUCCUACAGAACAGAAAGCUAUCACAUUACAUGUUGAAGAGGGACAAUCUGUGGCUCGCAUUUGCUCUAACCCAGUUGCAAAUUCCAGCACCAUUUUUAACUGGAUAAAAAAUGACCAAUGGUAUAGUAAAGGGGCUAGACUCUUCAUUGCAUCUGUAAAAGAAUCCGAUUCUGGAAUUUACUACUGUAGAUCCAAUAUCCCAGGAUACAGAGGAUCCAGAAAAGUUUUCAUUGAUGCAUCAUCAUAUAAACCUGAAGUUGAGGUUCAGAUGAAAUGGCAGAAUCCUGAUAGAAGCUUCAAAGACGUUAAAGAAGGAGAUGAGAUUACACUAGAAUGUGUAGUAAAAAGAAGCAAGCCUCAGCCGGACAGCUUUAAUUGGUUCAGACAAUUUAGCUUUUUACCUCUUCACAAUGGUCAGACAUAUAAACUGAGAGUCAAACCAGAGGACAGAGGAUCUUACAGAUGCUCAGCUACAAACUCUGUGGGUUCUGGAACCUCACAAAAAUAUCACUUAGAUGUUCAAUUCAAACCUUGGAGCAAAAUUUUCCUUCUUGGUGCUGAUAAAUACAAAACAAAACUCAACAGCAACAUAUCAUUUGUCUGUUACACCACUGGAAACCCAAAGCCAUGGUACUCAUGGUACCUCUACAAAAAGGAGGAUCCCUCUGAUUGGACAAUAUUAGCUGGUAAUGAACGUGAACUUGAUUUGAAGCGGGUUCAAAGAGAAGAUGAAGCGUGCUACGUUUGCAAUGCAACCAACAUUGUGGGUGCUGGGAACCAUAGUCAACCUGUAUGCAUACAAGUGCUGUAUUCCCCCAAAGAUGUGAGAGUAGAAGCACA